AUGGCGCCGCCCUCUUCCACCUUCAGACCCCUUCCCACUUCCUCUCCCAUCAGCGAGCCUGAUCCUCCCGUCUCCACUUCUGCCCAUUUCAUCCUCCGAUACGAUGACACACUCUCCCGUGGGACCAUGCUGAGACUCCCUGCCCGUCCCGUAGAAACCUCCACUCCCUCCUCAGCAUCAUUAUCAAACCGAUCUCUGAAACCGUCUUCCUCCCGAUACAAUCCUACCACCAUCUGUCCUCGCCUAUUACCUGAUUGCUCCAAGGCAAGGCGAAGACGAGAUCAGAUCAGUUACAAGGCGAGAAUGCGAGGAGGAGUUACAUUUGAAACUGUUCAACCUGCCCCGACAUUCUCUGGAGAAUUCACUACGCAUUCCGGUUGGACCAUGCCGAGGGGUAAAGAGCUUAAAGGGGAUCAUCCCGGCCCAUCUCCAACUUAUUCUAAUAUCGACUCUCCGGCCCUCUCCUCACCUUACCACAUGCCCCAAUCCAUCGUCGUCCCUGGCGGAUAUCAAAUGGUCUACCCUCAGAUGACGCAUAUGCCUCAAUCUGGUCAACGCAUGCAAAUGACACCAGGGGCCACUGCCUACUAUGCGCCUCCAGACGUGUAUCAGACCCCGACACCUCAUCCUCGAGUCGGAAAAUCCUCGCCAUAUGUCUUCCCGCCGAGUUUUGCCGUUCCUCAGGCGACGUUCGAUGGUCAAGCUCAAUUGUUGACCAAUCCAUCGCUUGCCCGAUCGUACGAUACGACCAUCCCUCAGUACUACCCUGUCACAACCGAUGGAAGGUGGUACAAUGGUCAGGCAUCCGUCGAACCUUCCGUCAAGCGAAAGAGGGAGAAGAAGGAGAAAGCGCAGGCGCCCCCCUCUACCGCUAAGAAGCCAAGAGCUUCUAAACAGUCUGCAAAAGCAGCUGCCGCGGCACGAGACAGUCCGGUACCGAAACGUGCGAGACACGAGAGCCAUUCGAGCCAGGGUAGCUCGGUUCCUCAUCAGUUGCCAACCCCACCAUCGACAGGUCGAGAUUUGGGCAAAUUGAGUCUGCCUCAUGAGGCGGACAUGGAACGUUCUGCCUCCCCAUCUGAUGACAGUGGCACGAUCAAGCGUCGAGGUGUUGUCGUCACGAGGCACGAGGUUGAGGGUCGAAAACUGGGCAUUGUUGGCGCUUCUACCGGCGGAGAAGAAGAGGCAGCCCCUGUCAAGGUGGAAUUAUCACCCAGAACGACCACUAUCCCCGCCAUCACGACCGAUGCGAAUGGUAUGGCCGUCUUUUCCACCGAUCAAGUGCUAGAGAGUGAAGUCGCUUGGAUGGAGUACUCGCGUGGUCAGAGUCCGCCAUCGUCUCCUGACAUGGUCCAGCUUCAAACACCUCACUUGCCUCACGACCACCACAACAUGCUCAUCGAAGAUCAAGAAACUCCCAUCACUCGAGCAGAGAGGACCGACAAGCGAUUAAAAUUGUUCAAUGAGUCUGAUGAAGUUAAGGACGACGCCAUGAUAUCCACUCGGAUUGAAAUGUUUGGUCGUGUCGCCGUCAGAAAGAACGUGGCCAUCAAAUUCUUGGGACUGGACCCGAGUCGGUCCAAGGCUCUGAUCGAGGAGACUGCUGCCGACGACGGCGAAGGAUCUUCCAGUUGGACUGUACGUGCCGAUCGACCUGGAUCAUCUAAACUUGUCCGACCGAGCUGGCCAGAUACAGAAGCUCCUUGGGCUCUGGCUGGAAGCAGUCGUAAGGUCAAGAUGAUGAGGGAAGAGAAGGAGAAAUCUGCUGUCAUCCGACGAUACCUCGAGACUGCUUCAGACGAAUCAUCGGACGAUGAAGUGUCGUUCCGCUCGGCGGUACCCAGUCGCAGCAGCAGCAGCAACAACAACAACAACAACAGCAAGGGCAAGAAUGUCCAACGUCAACCGGAGACGACUCGUGUCCCUAAUCGAGUUUGGCCUAACCCACAAGCUGAUGCUCGAACGGCUCUGCUCACAUCUAUCCGUCAUCGUCAACUGCCUCCUAUGCCAGUCGGCAAAGUUGCUUGUGCCUGCGGUGCUACCCAAGCCAUCGGUGUCAGUCCAAUGGUCGAAUGCUCAGGCUGCAAGACGUAUCACCACUUGGCAUGCUGUGGCAUCGGUGACGAUGCCAUGGUUGGACCUCAAUGGUGGUGUCCUCGCUGUCAAUCUGCCGCCAUGGUCAUCUCCACACCUGCACGAACUUCGACUCCACGAGUCUACACUCAAUCGGACGAAAGGAGCAGCGCAUUCAAGGGCGAAAUGCACAACAUCGCCCUGGCUCCCUCACCAAUGUUUGUCAACUCUGCGACGUUUACUCAACAUGCCCAGCACACACCUUUGAACCGAGCCAUGGCGUCCCCUUCAAGCAGACAACAUCGAUCUAGGGUCUUGUCUUACGGCACAGAUAUGUGGGCGUACACGGAAGACGGUGCGCCAUCUUCCGUCCUCCCAUCCACUCCGCGACCCGCGAGAGCCGAUCGAUUCUCCACGCCCAAGAUUGAAGAAACUCCAUUUGAUGUGACUUCUACGCCAUCUCGUCACCUCGACUUCAAUUUCGGUCAACCAUCUCUAUUCUCCUUGACACCUCUCGGUGCGAGAUCUCGAUUCGGCUCCUCUCUGCUCGAAGCGACCCCUUUCCCUUCGAAAGGAUCCGCGGGUAGCAAGAAUCAUCUGUCCGAUGGUAUUUCUCGACACGAUUUCCUCAAGGAACUCGGCAAGGGCGAGGGAGUCGCUGGUGCUGCCAUUCCUGGAUCCCCCGCGACGCCAGGAACGAGAUGGCCUCAUGCGUUGCUUGGAGCUCAUAACUUGUCGCCGUCACCGUUUGGAGGUAGAAAAGCCUCUGGACCCGGAGGCAAAUUAAGCAGUAUGAGAAGUAGUUCAAAAUCAGGGCUAGGGUUCGGUCUGCCCAUUGGCGCGGACACAGAGGAGGAAUAG